AUGGCCACCGACGAAGAAUUAGCCGCCCUCUUCAAGAAAAUUGGGUUGGCUGACAAAAAAGCUGCUGACGUAGUCAAGAACAAAAAGGUCUGUGACUCGUUUGUUUCCAUCAUCGAUGAAGGAAACCUCACGUCAACCACCGAUGAGAAGAAAUUGAACUUGUUGCAAACUUUGGCUGUUGAGAGCAAAGCCUUAUCUUCAGAUGAAGAAGUUGCUGCUAGAAAAUUAGUUACAGACGCCGUUUUGGAUGGUUCUAUCAAGACCACUUUGCAAGUGACCGAAGCAGUCUCCUAUGUGAAACAGAAUGGUGCCAAUUCUACCGUUGAGGGUUUGCAUGUGGCGGCCGGUGUGGGCGCAGAGCCCUCUCGUGAACAGGUCAAGGCCGAGAUCUUAAAGUACAUUGACAGUAACCGUAGUGCCGUAGAAAGCAAGAGAUACGCAGGUGUGCCAGCAUUGUUGGGUGAAGCCAAGAAGCUUUCAAGCUUGAAAUGGGCUGCACCAGCAAUGUUCAAGCCUAUCAUUGACGAGAUUGCUCUUGAGAUCUUUGGUCCUAAGGAUGAGAGAGAUGUGGUGAAGAAGGAGAAGAAGAAGAAGGCUCCUGCUCCUGAGAAGAAAGCUGCUGCUGCUGCUGUUGUUGAGCCUGAGAGAUCGAUGUACUCAGAAGGUUUCUUGGGUGACUUGCACAAGCCUGGUGAGAACCCUCAGGCCUACCCAGAGUUGAUGAAGGAGCACUUGGCUUUCACGAAGGGUAAGGUUUUCACUCGUUUCCCACCAGAGCCUAAUGGAUUCUUGCACAUUGGACACUCCAAGGCCAUUAUGGUAAACUUCGGCUAUGCCAAAUAUCACGGUGGUAACUGCUACUUGAGAUACGAUGAUACCAACCCCGAAGCCGAGGAGGAGAUCUACUUCCAACAAAUUAAGAGCAUGGUCGAGUGGCUCGGCUUUGCGCCUUGGAAAAUUACCUACUCCUCCGACUACUUCGAUCAAUUGUACGAGUUGGCUGAAAAGUUGAUUUUGUCUGGUAAAGCUUACGUUUGCCAUUGUACCGCCGAAGAGGUGAAGGCGCAAAGAGGUAUGAAGCCUGACGGAACCUUGGGUGGUGAGCGUUUCCCAUCCCCAUACAGAGACAACACCGUUGAGAAGAACUUGGAUGAAUUCCGCAAAAUGAGAGACGGCUUCUACAACCCGGGUGAAGCUACUCUUAGAAUGAAGCAAGACAUUAACUCUCCAUCGCCUCAAAUGUGGGAUUUGGUGGCCUACCGUGUCUUGAACGCCCCACAUCAUAGAACUGGCGACAAAUGGAAGAUUUAUCCUACUUACGAUUUCACCCACUGUUUGGUCGAUUCCUUUGAGAACAUCUCCCACUCUUUGUGUACAACCGAGUUCAGACUUUCUAGAGAGAGUUAUGAAUGGUUGUGCGAUGCUUUGCAUGUCUACAGACCACAGCAAAAGGAGUACGGACGUCUUAAUAUCACCGGAACUAUCAUGUCGAAGAGAAAGAUCGCUAAGUUGGUCAAUGAAGGAUAUGUUAGAGGCUGGGACGAUCCUAGAUUGUUCACCUUAGCCAGUAUCAAGCGUCGUGGUGUUCCACCUGGGGCUAUUUUGUCCUUCAUCAACACUUUGGGUGUGACUACCUCAACAACCAAUAUCCAGGUUAUUCGUUUCGAAAGUUCCGUUAGACAAUAUUUGGACUCCACAACACCAAGAUUGAUGCUUGUGUUAGAGCCAAUCCUUUGUGAGGUUGAAAACGUACCAGAGGACUUUGCCGAGGAGGUUGAGAUGUCUUACAAGCCUGGCUCCGAUGCCAAAUUUGGUGUCCGCAAGUUGACCUUCACCAAAAGAUUCUACAUUGAUAGAAGCGACUACAGAGAUGAGGUUGACAAGGAGUACUUCAGAUUGGCGCCAGGUCAACCUGUUGGUUUAAUGAAGGUUCCAUACAAUGUCAGUGUGAAGGAGGUCGUGAAGGACGACUCCGGCAAGGUCACCAAGAUCAUUGUCAACUAUGAUAAUGACAAGAAGUCUAAGCCUAAGACAUACAUUCAAUGGAUUAGCGAGAAGAAUGCUAAGCCUGUGAAGGAGGUCAGAAUCUACAACCAACUUUUCAAGAGUGAGAACCCAAGCGCACACCCCGAUGGAUUUUUGAGUGACAUCACCGAAAACUCCGAGGAGGUUGUCAAGGACGCUCUCAUUGAAGCUAAUGGUCUUAAGGAGAUCGAUGAAAGAUCGCCUUUGAACAUUGGUAUUGAUGGAUCCGAGUUCAACAUUCUGGAGAAGAAGGGACCUGAGACUGUCCGUUUCCAAGCAUUGAGAAUUGGCUACUUCUGUGUAGACCUGGACAGCACUGGCCAGGACUUGGUUUUGAACAGAAUUGUUUCGUUGAAGGAGGAUUCUUCGAAGAAUUAG